UCUUAUAAGCUUUCUAAAAAGUUUGGUGUUUAAUGUAGUUGGCCUUGGCUGGGUUAUACGAAGAUGAAGUUAAAAGCAAGUUAUCCCAUUCAGACAGAUCACCAGCUACACUGGUCAGUAACUCAAGAGUACCUGUUCAAAGUCUAAAAAUUGACUCCUUCAGAAGCUUAAGAAAACCAGAAAGAAGCAUGAGUGAUGACAAAGAAAACCAAAGAUUUUACUCAGGUGACUCAGAAUAUAGUGGACUACAGAUUGUUGGGCCUUCUAAUAAUAAAAAUCCCAGUAAAAUUGUUGAUGAACUUUUCAAAGAGGCGAAAGAACAUGGUGCAGUUCCAUUGGAUGAAGCCGCAAGAGCCUCAGGUGAUUUUAGUAAAGCUAAAUCAUUUUCAGGUGGUGGGUACAGAUUGGGUGAUGCAUCACUGAAGCGCUCCGAAUAUAUAUAUGGAGAAAAUCAGAAUGGACAAGAUGUUCAAAUUUUGCUUAAACUGUGGAGUAAUGGUUUCAGUUUAGAUGAUGGAGAGUUGAGAUCUUACACAGACCCAACAAAUGCUCAGUUUCUUGAGUCUGUUAAAAGAGGAGAGAUUCCUUUGGAACUUCAACGACUGGUGCAUGGUGGCCAAGUUAACUUGGAUAUGGAAGACCACCAAGAACAGGAAUAUGUAAAGCCUAGAUUGAAAUUCAAAGCUUUCAGUGGAGAAGGGCAAAAACUUGGAAGCCUUACACCUGAAAUUGUCAGUACGCCUUCUUCCCCAGAAGAAGAGGAGAAAUCCAUUCUUAAUGCCACUAUUCUGAUUGAUGACUCCAUUGCAACAACUAAAAUUCAGAUUAGAUUAGCAGAUGGAAGCCGUUUGAUACAAAGAUUCAAUCAAACACACAGGAUUAUGGAUGUUCGAGACUUUAUUAUUCAGUCCCGUCCUGCAUUUGCAGCUGCUGACUUUGUUCUUGUGACUACAUUUCCAAAUAAAGAGCUAACCGAUGAAAAUCUGACACUACAAGAAGCAGAUAUCCUUAACACUGUGAUUCUUCAACAACUAAAAUAAUUUUGCACCUGUCAGUGUAAUAUAGCUUUUGGGGAUACAUAAUGUGCCAAACUGUCGUUAAAGAAUGCUUCCAAUGGUGCAGAGAAAAGGAAUCAAAUCCAAAUCUUUUUUCCAUUUGUACAGCUCAGUUUUGUUUUUAUUUCUGUUCUGUCUUCCAACUAUUGCAUCUUUGAAUCAUAUUUUAAAGUUAUUUCUCACAAAAUGUUUUUACAGUUUUGACACUAAGCUUGUAUAAAUUGAUAUGUUCCAAACUUAGCAAGAACUAAUAAGCUACUUGAGUAACACAGAUAUUGCUUAUAUUUUUAGGGGGGGGCAGUUUUUUUCAGGGAGUCAGAAUCUUUUUACACACUUGGUAAGUCUUGCACUAAGGAAAUGUUUUUAUACUGAUUUGGUAAACAGUGAUUUGAAAAUUUAACUCAGUAGGUUGAGAUAUGUUUACCUCCCUUAGCAAAUGGAUUUUCAAGUAUUCUCUUUGUAAGUUGACCUGUUUACAUGCUGUAACAUAAUUUUAAAAUAUUCUACUUGUUCUGUUUUGUUGGUGCAGUACAAUUACAUAAAAUAACUUAUAAAUAUUUUCCUGUACAUUAUUCCAUAACAUUCACUAUGAGUGGAUCAGUAACAAAAGAAAAACCAAUCUCAACCUUUUCUGAAUAUAUUUAAUAAUCUAACUGAUAUUUAAUAAUUUUCUCACUCAUACUUUAGUUGUAAUUCUUAUCUUGAUAAGAAUUUAGUUUAAUAGAAAUGGUAGCGAGUAAUAGCUAAUGGACAAACAUCAAGGUUCACAAUUUCAAAAUAAUUGGACUGACAAUCACAUUCAAACACCCACAGCAAUUGAGAUCUAUGCCGAUACUCAAUGCCAUACACAAGCAAUUGUUUAGAUGCCCAAACGACAUUUGUGUGCACACAUACAAGACUUGUUCAUGCAAUCACUUCAAUGCACAAAAAAUGUCAUUUUACAUGCAUUUUUUGCACGUGGACUUUAGGUCUUCCUAUUUGGUAUUUUGGCCAAAAGUAUUAAAUUUUCAUAAUGGUGCCAUGGACAUAUUGUUAUGCAAUUUUAUUUAUUCUCAUUGGCACCUACAAGAUUAAACAAUCACAAUUCUUUGAAAAUACAUCCUUUUUAAAGUGUUUAAUCUUGCACUCUGCUACGCAGAUAGAAAUACCGUGAAGUGGAAAAUGGGCUUUUUAUUUUAAAAACGAAUAUUAUUUCCCAACAUCUUGAAAACUUAUUUCACUACACUUAGUUCACCCUUGCUCAGAAGACUUUAUUUUAAAUUCUUACUUCAAAGCAGGCAUUUCCACCUAUAAGUUAUUUUUAGCCAUUUGAAACCAUAUAUGAGGUCAGAUUUUUGUAAGACAAAUGUCUGCAUGAUUUAAACUAUCACAAAUACAUUGUUUAUGCUAAUCAAUAAAGAAAACAUUUUAAGCUAAAAA